GCUUCUAGCUUGGGGAACCGGAACCGCUUUCCAAAACUCGGAGGGAGGGAAAAAAUGCUUUUCAGUGAUUCCUGAGAACACGAAUAUUUUUUAGGCUUUUGGGGACACUGAUUGAAAGGGUUUUUCUUAGAGAACUUCUUAAUCUUGUAGCCUAAACGGAAACUGAAACACGCACCCAGCCCAACUUCCGGAGGACCAACAUCGCGACGAACAACCAGGAAGCGAUCGGCCUGGGAGCUGUCCCCGGUUCUCUGCUCCGCUCUCUAGGGAACUUUCCGGGUCCUUACACUCUGUUUUUCUUGCCCCGCGUGACCUCAGCUCCGACCGAGGCUCCGACCCGGGCCGGCCACUCCGGAACCCGCCAUGUCGUCCGACUUUGAAGGCUACGAGCAGGACUUCGCGGUGCUCACGGCAGAGAUCACCAACAAGAUUGCAAGGGUCCCCCGACUCCCACCUGAUGAGAAGAAACAAAUGGUUGCAAAUGUGGAGAAACAGCUCGAAGAAGCGAAAGAACUGCUGGAACAGAUGGAUUUGGAAGUCCGAGAGAUACCUCCCCAAAGCCGAGGAAUGUACAGCAGCAGGAUGAGAAGCUACAAGCAGGAAAUGGGGAAACUCGAGACAGAUUUCAAAAGGUCACGGAUCGCCUACAGUGACGAAGUACGGAAUGAGCUCCUAGGGGAUGACGGGAAUUCCUCCGAGAGCCAGUUGAUAAAAUUACGUGAAGAGAGGGCACAUCUGCUCGAUAACACAGAGAGGCUGGAAAGGUCAUCUCGGAGACUAGAGGCUGGGUACCAAAUAGCGGUGGAAACCGAACAAAUUGGCCAGGAGAUGUUGGAAAACCUCAGUCACGACAGAGAAAAGAUACAGAGAGCACGUGAAAGACUUCGGGAAACAGAUGCUAACUUGGGGAAAAGCUCCAGAGUUCUGACAGGGAUGUUGCGAAGGUAAGAGUCAGGUAGGGUCUUCCUUUCUCUCUGUUCCUUUUUUUACAGUAUAUUUUUCAUCUCGUUGCAACCGGGCAUUUUCCAGACAUGCAAGCUUCUGCUCUUAGUACCUGUGUCAAGACCCUUUUGAAAUGACAGAGCACUGGUAUUAACUCUUGUUUGGACAGGGACACACACACUCUGAGUAACUUGGAUUAGAAAGUUUGAGCUCGAGGGGUUACCUCAAGCUAUGGAAAAAAUUAGGGUUGGACAUAAAGUAUUUUUUCAUAGCCUGAGGAAGACCCCAUGGCAGCAGCAGACUGAUUUUAUUUUCUAUUUUGAUAGCCUUCUUGCUGUCGAUGAAAUGCUGACCUUUGGUUUCAGGAGCAUACUUACUAUUAGCUUUGCCCUCUGUUGCCUUAUUUAGAUUUCUUUUUAAAGCGACUCUGUUCGGGGAAACAUUGCUAU